CAAACAUCUUCACUCAUUGUUGAGAGAAGAAAAGAAGUUAACAUGGUAGAAUUUUAUGAGUUAUUAUUGGCUGUGGUAGUUUCACUCAUUGUGGUGACGUUAUUUCAUUGGAUCUAUCAGUGGAGAAAUCCGAAAAUCAAUGGAAAACUACCACCAGGAUCCAUGGGUUUUCCGAUCAUUGGAGACACUUUUGAGUUCAUGAAGCCUCAUGACGUUCUUCAAUUUCCGACAUUCAUCAAAGAGAGAGUUCUCAGAUACGGACCAGUUUUUCGGACAAGCUUAUUUGGAAGCAAAGCUAUAAUCUCGUUGGAUUUUGAACUGAACCUGGAAAUAGUAAAGGCAAAUCAUGUUCCAGGUACAAAAUAUUUGAAGCUGAAGAUGGUAGAAGACGUCGAUGUUUUGGCUCGCACAUACAUGGAGGAAGGAGCCAGGAACGGCUGUCUUGACGUCAAGGAAACAGCAAGCAAGAUCUUAAUUGAAUGUCUUGCAAAGAAAGUUAUGGGUGAAAUGGAACCAGAGGCAGCAAAAGAACUUGCACUAUGUUGGAGAUAUUUUCCAAGGGAUUGGUUUCAAUUCUCUUGGAACAUUCCUGGGACUAGUGUCUAUCGAAUGAUGAAGGCAAGAAAGCGGAUGAUGAAAUUAAUAAAAGAAACAGUAUUAAAGAAGAGAGCAUCAGGAGAGGAGUUUGGAGAGUUUUUCAAGAUUAUCUUCGGAGAAAUGGAAGGCGGAGCCGAAAAAAUGAGCGUCGAGAAUGCGAUUGAAUACAUAUAUACUUUCUUUUUGAUUGCUAAUGAGACAACACCAGGGAUCCUUGCGGCUACAGUUAAAUUCAUAAGCGAUCACCCUAAUGUCAUGCAAGAGUUGCAAAGAGAGCAUGAUAGAGUUGUCCAAGGUAAGCCCGAGAAGGAGGCUGGCUUAACAUGGGAAGACUACAAAUCAAUGACGUUCACCCAAAUGGUGAUAUAUGAGUCGCUUAGGAUCACAAGCACAGCGCCUACAGUACUUAGAAUAACUGAUCAUGAUUUCCAAGUUGGUGAUUAUACAAUUCCAGCUGGUUGGAUCUUCAUGGGCUAUGCUAAUGUCCAUUUUAAUCCGGAGAAGUAUGAUGACCCUCUAGCAUUUGAUCCAUGGCGCUGGAAGAGUGACGACUUGGGCUCAAUCCUCUCCAAAUCGUACAUUCCCUUUGGCGCUGGUUCUAGACUAUGUGUAGGAGCUGAGUUCGCUAAGCUUCAGAUGGCCAUUUUUAUACAUCAUUUGUUUAGAUACAGGUGGUCAAUGAAGAAAGAGACUACAGUGCUUCGAAGGUUUAUGCUUAUGUUUCCAUGUGGAUCUGAUGUUCAAUUCUCAUAUGACACCAAAGUGGAUAAUAAUGUUGGUUAUCAGAGCUAG